GCGACAAGCUAAUUGUACAACCACUAUCACUAUCUGAGGCUUCAUUACCUGAUAUGUACUUUAGGUAGUUAGGUACACCCAGGUCACUUACACAACCUCGUCACAGGGCCUUACGUUUAAACAGGUGGGCGUCUGGCCACACUCUUUCUUUUUACUUCCUUCAAUCAUGCCGGUGCACCUAGAUCGCCGGUCGUCUUCAUCGACGACCGCCGAGUUCACCGUCACGACACGCCCGCCACUCACCCUCGGCCUGCGCGUCCUCUUGGCCGCCGUGACCUUGGGCCGCAUAAUCAUUGCAGCCUCGGCCGUGCUGCUGCUCUACGCAAAGUGGGACGAAACAUUCCCCAAGUCCCCUCAGCAAUCAUCAUUCCAUCGUCAAGAAAACGACCCGCUUGGAGCGUCGCCGCUGCUCUCCCCAGAAGGCCUCGUGGAGCUUGCGGUGCACCUCCUCCGGCUGAGCCUGGCCUCGCCGCCCGGUCGCGUCUUUGCGUCCUUGUCGACGGCCAGCCCGGCCUACGUCCUCGUUCCACUGUGCCUGGCGCUGCUGCAUGUCUCCCAGCUGCGCAUCUACAGGUCGGAGACGCUCCUGGUCCUGCGGGGCCUCGGCGUCCAGACCAUCUCCCAGGGCGACGGUUUCAUCCUCCCGACGCUCGGGGGUCCCAAGAAUCGCUUCAUCCCGACCGAGAAGAUAAGGGAUGUCGUCAUCAACGAGGCGCCGUUGGGCUUCGAGGUGCGCUUCUACCUGGUUAUCAUCGUCGAGGGGGAGGAGGAGCUCGUCGUCGUCUUUCCUCGUCUGCUGCCCCGCAGGCCCGUCGUGGAAGCUGUGUGGAGGGGAGUCAGGGCAUGUCUUCAUGAGCCAGAGUCUGUUGAACAAUCAAAAUAAAUGGACUCCUUGUCCCCGUCGCCGAUCACCUAGUUAUAUUUCACCCAACCAAAUGUGAUUUGAACCUCAUGUAUGGUCGCAAACAUCACCGACAUCAGAAGCUGGCGCGACUAUUCGCGGCGACAUGGGAUGUACAAUUUGAUCAAUUCUAUUGACAGGUGUCCUAGAUGCAAUCAACCAUCUACCCCACAGCCCGGCUUCCUUCAUUAAGCCCCUGAACAUUUGGCAGCCUCGGAAGCAAGAGCAGCAGCAGCAGCAGCUUUCCGAGCCUUGAUAACGGACCGCCAUUCGGGAUUCUCACUGAGCUCGACGGCACUUUCAAACCCCUUGCUACGAGCCCACUUAUCAUUGACCUCAUCUGGCGUUUCCAACAUAUAUCUCUGGGCGAGCGGCUCAUACAUGCCCACCUGCCUAUACCAGUCGUCGCCCUCAAACGUCUUGCGGCUGGGCGCCUUGUUGCUCUUCUUAGGCUGUGGUCCCGAUUCAACUGGUUUUGUCGACGCUUUCGCCGCCUGCCGCUCUGGAUCCUCCACCAUGGUGGCAGCUCGUUGGAGAAGCUGAUUGGUCAGCAACUCGUCCAUCUUCUUUCCCCUCCAAUGAGCCCACAGUUCAUCGAGAAGACCCUUGCGAUUGUAGAGCUCGUCAGGACUGUCGCCGUCCGCCCCGGCAUAUAUCCAUUCCAGCUCUCCAUGAGUCGAACCAUCCGGAAGGGUACGGCCGCCAUAUAAACAAUCCCAAAGCACAAGUGGAGCAUCAGACGCCAUAGGGUAGUUUGGCUUGCCAGGGUACUUUUCGAUAUCGAGUAGUUCUGACACUAUAGACGGCUUCUCCAGUCUUUGGCCGACCAAGAAAAGCACCGCUAUCAUGUGUCGGAUCUGAUGCCAUAGGAAUGCUGAGCCGCGUACAUGGAAAUAGUACACUUUCGGCCGCGCCUGUGAGUCUUCUCCGCUCGGCCUAAAGUCGGGAGUGUCUAGGUAUGGAAGAGACGAUGCUGCUUCAGGCACCUCGACAAUCGAGGCUUCUCGAAUCAGCCGCUUGAAGUUGCUGAUCUGCUUGGACGCGUCGAUCUUGCAGAAGUUGCGAAAGUCGUGCUCGCCCUCAAACAGACGAGCCGCUUCACGCAUUGCGUCGAGGUCAAGGUAGCCGUCCUUGUGCGUGCUUCCCGGCUCCUUGUAACCCAUCACCCCGUCCAGGCGUGCAGGCACGGGCGAGAAUAUGGGCUGCGUAAAGAAGUAUCGGUAUUGUCGCUCAUGACACGAGUGUCGUGCCGAAAACCCUGGGGGCGGGUUUGGGCACCAUGCGAGUACCCUAAUAUCUACUGGCAGAACCGCAUUGAGCAUUUUGCAGUACUUGAUCUCCUUGUCUGCAGGGUAGGGCGCGUCAUCUUCCUCUCCUUCCUGCUCAUCCUCUUGACCUGGUUGGCUGUCUUCAGGGACAACUUGAGCCCCUGCUGCAUCCACCGCACCAGUCGACGCCGAUGCUGCUUCGCCCGAGCCAUCCUGGUCCAGUUGGACGGCACUUUGCUUCUUUUUACGCAACGGCUUGUUGCUCUUCACGCGGAGUGCAACAACCUGCCCAAAGGCACUGACUCCACGAUCGGUGCGGCCACACUUGGAGUAGUCGCAGACCUUGAAGUCGACCUCGCUGGGGUCGCGCUCAGGGUCCGGAAAGAUGAGGCAGGUUUUCACCAGGGCCUUCCAAAGCUCUUCCUCUAUGGCGGGCAAGGCACCAGACGGUUGGUACUCGAGACCGUUGUAGUUUUUGCCAAGGUACGCCAGCUUGAGGGCAAUGUACCGGGUUGAGAAUUCCGAGGCAUUUCGGGGAACACCUUUUUGUUUUUUCUUCUUGGGUGGUGGUGUUGCAGCAGCAACACCAGAAGGUUUACUUGAAGAUGAUCCUACUGGUGGUGGUGGUGACGAUGGUGACGGUGAUGCUUUUUUUGGGUGAGGAGGGGUAUUAGGUCUAGGCUGCUGAAUAUUUUGUCCCUGCUGCCGCUGCUGACUUGCGAGUUGCGAUUCGAGCAGCUUAAUCUUUUUGAUCAGACCUUCUUUGGUCCAUGACCUAUAAUCCCUAGUCCCCGACAUGAUUCUGGUGUUGUAAUGGCGGGUGCCGCCACAACAUGCAAGCUUAUUAGGGAUUAUUUUGGAUUGUUGGUGGGGGUCUCUGACUCCAGCAGCUAGAGAUUGUAGUAGUGGUUGUUGGAGUAGUUGUUGCAGGCUGUAAAUGUUAACCUGCGCACGUGAUGUACUCAGUUUGCUGCUGCCCCAUCGGACACGGGUCGGCGCCCUCAUGACAUGGCAGUUCGACUUUGGCCGAAAUUUUAAUUUGGGUGAGGCUUGUGUCGUUGGUCCGUAAGAAUAGAUAAACAGCUCAGUACACAAGUAAUUACGCCUCCAUACCUAACUGAUUGAAUUCUCUUCAAGUACC